AUGUACAGUGAAAAAAUACAACAACUUCAAUCCACAGUGCCUGAAAUAAUAGAAGCCCUGACAAAUAUAUCAGAAUGGAAUGAAUUAGAUUCAUCAUUUAAAUCCAAAACUCUUUUAACAGCUAUGUGUACAUGUGAAUUUAUCAUUUCAAUUAAGGCCUUAUCUAGCAUUUUAUGUAUAACAGCUCCUAUAAGUAGAAUACUUCAAGGCAUUGACAAUGAUAUAUUAGCUGAAUUUGAAUUAGCAACCAUAAAAACAGGGUAUACAUUUGAUGAUGACUUAUUGAAAGAAUCCCAAUUAAAAUCAGAAAUACAACUGUGGAAAGAAAAGUGGAAAAAAAUAAAAAAUGAUGAUGGAUAUGUAAUAAAAGAUGCAUUAACAGCUAUUGACCAAUGCAAUGGUAUACUAUACCCAAAUAUUAAAAAAAUUUUGUUCAUUAUUGCUUGCUUGCCUGUAACCGUUGCCUCUGCUGAACGUAAUUUUUCGACACUAAGAAGGUUAAAAACUUGGUUGCCGUCGAGUAUGGGGCAAGAUCGCUUAGUUGGAUUGCCUUUGCUGAAUAUCCAUAGGGAUAUUGAAAUCACUGUUGAUGAAGUGAUAGAGGAGUUGGCAAAAAAAUCUAGACGUCUGGAAUUUAUUUUAUAA